AGUACCGUCCCAAGUAGUACUGUUAAAAAACGUGCAAAAGAACAAUUUGUCUGUUUGUACAAAAAUUGCUAUACAAAUAAAUUGUAAACUUGGAGGUGCCCCUUGGCUAGUUACCAUUCCUAAAAAAGGGAUGAUGAUAGUUGGUUUUGAUGUGUGUCAUGACAGCCAGCGGAAAAACAUAUCAUUUGGAGCUUUGGUAUCAACCAUGAAUGAUGCUCACACUAGUUACUUCAGUUGUGUUGAACCACAUGAAAGUGGAGAGGAACUAUCUGUUCAUUUUGCUACAGGCAUAAGCAAGGCACUGGCCAAGUAUAGGGCUAAAAAUGGGGCAUUACCUACUUCGAUAAUUGUAUAUAGAGAUGGUGUUGGAGAAGGCCAAAUAUCACACGUCCAUAAGACAGAAGUUAGACUUUUGCAGACUGCCUGUGAACAAUUUUAUGGGGCAACUUCUGUCCCACUAGCUUUUGUCAUAGUCACGAAACGAAUUAGUGCAAGAUUUUUUGCUCCUAGUAAUAGAGGGCCUGAAAAUCCUCGACCCGGUACUAUUAUUGAUAGUGUUGUUACAGACCCAACGAAGUAUGAUUUCUUUUUGGUAUCACAACAUGUAAGACAGGGUACUGUAACUCCUACACAUUAUCAAGUUAUUGAAGAUACACUUAGACUUCCUCCCGAUAUAAUGCAAAGACUUACAUUCAAGUUGACCCAUAUGUACUACAAUUGGUCGGGUACGGUUCGAGUUCCUGCUCCAUGUCAAUUGGCUCACAAGUUGGCAUUCCUCACUGGACAGAGUCUCAGACGUUCGCCCAACAUAGGAUUGGAUGAGUUGUUAUACUUCCUUUAGUAUACUUUAUAAUCUGUCAUUCAACUAUGAUUGAUGUGUAUAAUAAUUUUUUUUAUGAAGAAAUCUUAAAAUUUUAUUUUAUGUUUUUAAAAAGUAUUUUUAUUUUUAAGAAAGUUACUUAUUGUUUUUUUUUUUUUGUUAUCAUUUGAUGAUUAUUAACUGUAUUUUGACAAUGCAAUUAACAAUUAUCAUUAAAAUUUCAACUGUUAUUAUUUUAACCGUUUUAGUAUUAUUGAUUAAUAAUAAUAAAUAUUUAGUGUUAUA